AUGGCUUUGACGCGCCUUCUUGCUGCGGUUUUAGCCGCCGGUCAAAUUGCUUCGGGUUAUCUUGUUGCUCCCGCUGGAACAGCAUUCCCUGGGGCAUCAUCCGAGUGUAGUGCUUGGGUGUACGGUUCUCCUAGCCUCACCUGCGCCGAGAUUGAGUCUGAAUAUGAUAUUACACUCACGCAGUUUGCCACAUGGAAUCCUGAUCUUUUCGAGAUAUCAGCCACGUGCGCAAUCAUCUCAGGAUAUUACUACUGUGUUCAAAUCAAUUUUGAAAGCACCGUGACUACAACUUCAUCUUCCUCCACCUCCACCUCCACCUCCACCACCUUUGUCACAAGCGUAGCUACCACUGUCACAGGGAGCACCUCGACGGUAUGGGGGGAUGGUCUCUCUACCCCGUCGCCAAUCCAAACGGGCAUGACAAACAUUUGUUAUGAGUACCAUCUUGUCGUAUCUGAAGAUACUUGUGCAGCGAUUGCUUCCAGUGCCGGAGUCUCCCUCAGUGACUUCGAAUCCUGGAAUCCGGCUGUUGGUACCAGCUGCACUGACCUUGACAUUGGAGAUUACGUUUGCAUUCGAGUUCUCGGGUAUGGGUAUUCAAGCGCCACUCCCACCCCCUCGAGCUCGAGAUUCGUGGUAACUACUACACCCACGAGCACCGGGGACGGAGUUUCUACUCCCUCUCCUGUCCAGACAGGCAUGGUGUCAACCUGCGACUCCUUUUACUUGGUCGUGUCGGGAGAUAGCUGCGCUGUUAUUGCUGCUGAUGCAGAUAUCUCUUUGGCCGAUUUCUAUGCAUGGAACCCAGCGGUUGGCAGUUCUUGUGCUUAUUUAGGCCUGGGAGAUUAUGUCUGUGUUGGUGUUAUUGGCAGCACUGUCACUGCGACCCCAACAAGCACCGGGGACGGAGUCUCCACUCCCUCUCCUGUCCAGACAGGCAUGGUGUCCACCUGCGACUCAUUUUACCUGGUUGUGUCAGGAGAUAGCUGCUCUGCUAUUGCUGCCGAUGCAGAUAUCUCUUUGACCGAUUUCUAUUCAUGGAACCCAGCGGUUGGCAGUUCUUGUGCCUAUCUAGGCCUAGGGGAUUAUGUCUGUGUUGGUGUUAUUGGCAGUACGGCCACUACGACGAUUACUGCCACUGCGACCACAACGAGCAGUGGGGUGACAACUCCUUCGCCUAUCCAAACAGGCAUGGUUUCCGACUGCGAUGCUUUUUACUAUGUGGUUUCUGGCGAUGGAUGUUCAACCAUUGCGACAGCGGAGGGCGUUUCAGUUGCUGAUCUUGAACUGUGGAACCCGGCGAUUGGCACUGACUGCACCAAUCUCUGGCUUGACACUUAUAUUUGUGUCGGUGUUUAA